AUGACGAUCCCCAACAGGAAUGAAGAUCUUCGACAGGGAUGUAGGAAUGUAGGGAAUGUUGAAAGAAGAUUCAAGCCAUCGUUAAAAAAGUUUUAUUUUUGGUUUGGUUGCGGCACAGAAAAGUGGUAUUUCAACCUCCAUAUGGAUAAAAGUGUCCCUGUCAAUGGGUCCUGCUAUGGUUCUUUUACUAUCGGGUACACAAAGGCUGCCUGCACCACCGAUUGGUGGUCCGAGAUUGUCGGAAAUAUCCAUUCAGUCCAGAUCGAACGUAAUAGGCGGCCGAUCUGGACAGAAUCAUACUGCUGA